GCUAACGUCACCGGGGAGUUUACAGAACCGUGUAACCUUUUCCAAACCCCAUCAUCACCUUGUUUUGUUUUGUCACCACCAAUGUUUGCAAAUGCUGAGGUUGUAGUGUAGGAGCAUAACAUCAACAUUAAACAACAAGAUGUUGAAGCUCUGGAAUUGGUACCAUGGCUGUCUUUCUGUUCAUCCAGUCAAGACUCAGGUAAUCAGCUCUGCACUCCUCUGGGCUGCAGGGGACCUCACUGCUCAAUACAUCACUUUCUCAGCUGCACAUAAACCUCUUCAUUUGUCUGAAGCAGAUGCUAAAUUUAAGGUUGACUGGAACCGGGUGGUUGUGACAAGCAUGUUUGGAUUUGGUUUUGUUGGACCAGUUGGCCACUUCUGGUAUGAAGGCUUGGACAAAUUUAUAAGGUGUAAGCUUCAACUGAUGCCAACAUCUGCGCGAGCGGUAGCUACUAAAGUGGCAAUGGAUGGCUUAAUUUUUGGUCCUGUACAUUUGUUCGUCUUCUUUACUUACAUGGGAAUCUGCGCCGGCAAGACUAUUCCUCAGGUGAAGGAAGACUUGAAGAGGAACUAUGUCCCAGCCUUGAUUCUAGAAGGUGGCGUGUGGCCGAUUGUGCAGGUUUUCAAUUUUUCUUAUGUUCCGGUGAAAUACCAGCUUCUAUAUGUGAACUUGUUCUGCUUGCUGGAUAGUGGUUUCCUGUCGUGGUUGGAUCAACAAAAGGAUGCACCAUGGAAACAAUGGUUUUCAUUUCAUUCCAAGAAUGGAAAAGGAGGUAGAGAUUGAUGGAGCAUGAAACACUGAGUGAUCAGAGAUUAUGAAUAGUAUGCUUCUAUGAUAUUAUGAGAGUUGUAACAGAUAGAUUUGCUUAAGGGUAUUGAAUUCUAUAAUAAAAUGAUUCCAAUUAUUAUUGUACUGCACUACUGCAGAAGCACAAGAUCUAUAGCAUAUUUCAACUUUCAAGUAACUCAAGAGAAUAAAAACGUAUACAGACACACAAGUUAAUAAUGGUAGAAUUGCAGUUAAUAGAGUAAUUGUGAAA